CCAAACGGCUCAACCAAAUUCGUGAAUCUUAACGUUGGCGUGGAAAAGAAAAAGAAAAAAGAAAAAGCAAGACACGUUUUUUAAUUUCGUAUUUUAGUUCCGAAAGGCCAAACACACAUACUUACGUUGUCGUAUUUUGCAUUCUCUCUUGCGGGAAAAGCAAAGCUAACAGUGAUAAUCCCACGAAACAAACCAAUGCCGUGUGGGUUGGGGUCGUCGUCGUGACUCAUAACGUUUUGUUGAAGCUGCAUCAAUUGAGGGAUUCUUCGUCUUUGGAUUCGCUUUUGGGGCAUCCGAGUCAGAGCUGCAAGGAAAGGGGAGAUGCUGGGAUGAAAGCUGAAUUUUGUGGAGAUGGCAACUCUAGUUGAACCACCAAACAGAAUUAAGCCAAAGGGAAAGCAUUAUUAUACAAUAUGGCAAACGUUGUUUGAGAUUGAUACGAAGUACGUUCCAAUCAAGCCUAUUGGCCGAGGAGCAUAUGGCGUGGUGUGCUCUUCCAUCAAUCGGGAGACCAAUGAGAGAGUUGCAAUUAAGAAGAUUGGUAAUAUAUUUGAGAAUUCUAUUGAUGCUUUGAGAACUUUAAGGGAACUGAAGCUGCUUAGACACAUUCGGCAUGAGAAUGUCAUUGCUCUGAAAGAUGUUAUGAUGCCAAUCCAGAGGACAAGUUUUAAGGAUGUCUACUUGGUCUACGAACUCAUGGAUACCGAUCUUCACCAAAUUAUUAAGUCCUCGCAGCCACUUUCCAAUGAUCAUUGCAAAUAUUUCUUGUUUCAGCUUCUUCGAGGUCUUAAAUACCUUCAUUCAGCAAAUAUUCUUCACCGAGAUUUGAAGCCUGGGAAUCUGCUCAUAAAUGCCAAUUGUGAUUUGAAGAUAUGUGACUUUGGGCUUGCGCGAACAAAUGGAGUUGAUGGUCAGUUUAUGACAGAAUAUGUUGUCACACGUUGGUAUCGUGCACCGGAGCUCUUGCUAUGCUGUGACAACUACGGAACCUCCAUUGAUGUCUGGUCAGUAGGGUGCAUCUUUGCUGAGAUUCUUGGUAGAAAGCCAAUUUUCCCUGGCACUGAGUGUCUCAACCAGCUGAAACUAAUUAUAAGCGUUCUCGGAAGCCAGCAUGAAUCUCAUAUUGAGUUUAUUGAUAAUGCAAAAGCCAGGAGGUUUAUCAAAUCACUGCCCUAUACUAGGGGAAGACACUUCUCUCAGCUAUAUCCACAAGCAGAUCCAUUAGCCAUAGAUUUGCUGCAAAAGAUGCUUGUAUUUGAUCCAACCAAGAGAAUUACUGUCUUAGAAGCUCUCCAACACCCAUAUAUGUCUGGUCUGUAUGAUCCAAGGUGCAACCCUCCUGCUCAGGUUCCCAUCAAUCUUGACAUAGAUGAACAUUGGGGAGAACAGAUGAUUAGGGAAAUGAUGUGGAAUGAGAUGCUACAUUAUCACCCUGAAGCUGCUUCUGCCAAUGCAUAGAUGGUUAAUUCUUCCAAGGCUUUCUAUUCUAGCCCUGUUGUCUGUCUCUAGGAGUAGUAGUUCUGUUUUUCCCCCCUAGACAAACUGUAAUCUUAAAGGACUUAUAACUGCCAAGUUUUGUACUUUGCAUGAGAUUGCUUUGGUACUUUUUUUUAAUUUGGCGUCUCCACAAGGACAAUGGCGUCUCUUAAUGACUUAACUUGUAUAUAGCCAUGCAUAUCGUUUUGGUGUCUCGGCUAAACCCAUUUGAACUAUGUUGUUCAUCAGUUGUUUUCUUAAAUUUAAUAGAAAAGAGUUAAAUAA